AAGUAAUGAUUUAAAACAACAUAAUAUUCAUGAAAAACAUAUGAUUGUGUUUUAUUAUCGAAGUAAGCAACGUUUUUGUCUCCACUGCCUGCGUGUCCACUUAUCUAUACAUCUACCAAGCUUCCGAUCGAUUACGUGUACCACGAGUAGAACAUUCUCGGCCAGCAUGGAAGAGAACCCUUCUAAACAGGGGAGUACGGUCACCAGAGAGAACCGUGCGUUAAGUUACGAGCUUGAUUUCGUUCUACUAGUGUGAAUGAUCUUUGCGUAUUAGCGCUAUGAUACGUUUUUAAUGUAGGAGAUACAUGUACAUACAUUACACACUUUGCUUAGUUGACGAUUCAAAAUGCCUGUUCGAAGGGGUCAUGUCGCACCUCAAAACACUUUUAUCGAUUCCAUUAUUCGGAAGUUUGACAAUUUAAAUAGAAGAUUCAUCGUAGCCAACGCUCAGGUGGAAAACAAACCAAUUAUAUACUGUAAUGAUGGCUUUACAGAGCUCCUGGGUUACUCACGCGGAGAGAUUGUUCAACAAUCGUGCAUGUGCGAGUUCCUGCAUGGUCCUCAGACCAGUCCUCAUGCUGUGGCUAAGAUAGCCGAGUGCCUGGAAGAGAGCGAGGAACGACAAGUGGAGAUUGUCUAUUACAAGAAAGAUGGCUCUAAAUUCUUAUGCAGUCAGUUGAUGGCUCCCAUCCGAAAUGAAGAAGGUGUUAUUUCUAUUUUCAUUAUCAAUUUUGAAGAUCUCACAGACGCCCCCUAUCGAGAUGAACAAAUCGACGUAGCGUCCCCAGUAUUUGAACCUGGAAAAUUGGUGAGAUGUUUCCCGGUCUUUCGGCAGUUUCUCGAGGAUCGUCCAAGCAGCAGGACCAGAUCAACAGUUUUUCAACAUUGUUGCAGCGAAUCCGCAGCUGCCCUUGGUAAAUCUCUGCGUUUGAGAUUACCUGGUGUUCGUCGCGGAGAGGAAUAUGGGCAAGAAGUGGACAUGACGCUUACCCCAGAUAAAGAUGCCACCAUGAAAACAGCAGUUACAUCAGACCAGUCCUCAUUCUUCUCUCAUCAUGCAGUGGAAAGAACAAGAAGUUUGGAAAUAGGAGAUCGUUCCAGAACUUACCCUAUGUCGCGUGAUAUGGAUGACGUUUCAAGACAAGUACUUGGGCCGGUUACACCAGUUAAGUCGCUAGAUGUUGCAUAUCAAGUGCAUGAAACUCUGAAGACAUUUCCUUUUGCAGCAGUCUGUCAGCUCUGCUCCACCGUCCCCACCACUGAGUCCCAGAGACGCCGAUCUCUCACCAUUGUCAUUGGCCAAGCCAACAACCUGAGUAAACCGUUGCCCAAUGCUUCAUCAGACUCAGACUUGUCCAGGUUCCGGUCUCACCAACAGCGUUCACGAUCUCCAUCUUUAAGCAACGCGAUUGUAGAAAACAACACCAAACCAAGAGAAAAUAACCACUCUUCAACGAGAUCCAAGCUUUUCAGGGAAAUGCAGGUUCACAACAAGCAUAACGUUGGAGAAAAAGUGGCUCAGGUUCUUUCUUUGGGAACUGAUGUCCUUCCAGAAUACAAGAUCCAGAAGCCUCAUGUUCACAAGUGGACCAUCCUCCACUACUCCCCUUUUAAGGCCUUCUGGGAUUGGAUAAUUCUUAUUCUGGUCAUCUACACCGCCAUCUUCACCCCAUAUGUCGCUGCGUUUUUGCUGAAUGAGAGCAAACCCAAGCGCAAUAAGAAGUAUGGUGAUGACCCUAUUGUCAUCAUUGAUCUUAUAGUCGACGUCAUGUUCAUAAUUGAUAUACUCAUUAACUUUCGCACCACAUACGUCAACUCCAACGAAGAAGUGGUCAGUCAUCCAAGCAGGAUCGCAGUGCAUUACCUUCGUGGCUGGUUCAUCAUUGAUCUUGUGGCAGCCAUUCCGUUCGAUCUUCUGCUUUUCGGAUCCGAGACUGACGAGAAGACAACAACACUGAUAGGCCUCUUGAAAACUGCUCGUCUACUACGAUUGGUUCGGGUGGCCAGGAAAAUCGACCGUUACUCUGAGUAUGGAGCUGCAGUGUUACUUUUGCUUGUGGCUACAUUCUCACUAAUAGCACAUUGGCUGGCCUGUAUUUGGUAUGCAAUUGGAAAUGCAGAGCGCAACAUAAUGGAAAACAAAAUAGGUUGGUUGGAUCACCUAGCCAACGACACCAAUGAAUUCUACAACAAUUCCCAUGGAGGACCCAGCAUCAAAGCCAAAUACGUUACAGCACUGUACUUCACCAUCAGUAGCUUGACCAGUGUGGGAUUUGGCAAUGUUGCUCCUAAUACCAACAUGGAGAAGAUAUUUUCUAUCCUGGUGAUGCUGAUUGGAUGUAAGUCAGUUUGAGUGACUUUUGAGUAGUACUGAUUAAUUUGAAGGUUUUGCAUCAUUGCAAAUUAAUUUGGUGAGUAGUGGUUGGUAUAGAAUGAUGAUUAGUUAAUAUUCGUUUCUUCAUUUUCAUUUUUGAUGCAAUGUCUAUUGGUUACU